AUUGAAUGCAGCGUUAAGCUAUCCAACGAAUCAGAUGAAACAUGCAUUUUGCUCCAUCUUGCUGUCUGCAUUCAUUUCAAAGAACUUCCAUGCAUUGAACUUAAAUACUGAAAAUGGCCUCCAGUGUCCCAGAUGAGCUGAUGAUGAACUCUACUCUGAUCAAAGAAUUAGCAGACGUGGCAAAAGAUGAAGCACUUCUGCAGGGAGUAUUAAUGAGAACCAAGGAAACUCCAAACUCAUCUGAGUUGGUUACAUAUGCUCCAUUCACCCUCUUCCCCUCGCCUGUGCCCAAAUCCGUGUUCAUCCAGGCUCUUGCAGUGCAGACUCACUUCAACACAAUGGUGGACAAGAUAAGCCAGGACACAGAGUUCCUGCAAAAGGCUUUAGCCAGCACUAUUGAAGUGGAUGAUUUCACUGCAAGGUUGUUCAAGAUCCACCAGCAAAUCCUCAAAGAAGGAAGGUCCCAGUCUGUUGUUCUGGGUCUUAAUCGUUCCGACUACAUGUUGGACCAGAGAGAGGACGGCACGUCUUCUCUGAAGCAGAUAGAGAUCAACACGAUUGCUGCAAGCUUUGGGGGCCUCUCCUCACGCACACCUCAAGUACACAAACAUGUCCUGAAGGUGGCUGGUAGACCAGAGGAGAGCCAGCGAAUCCUAGACAACAACCCUGCCGCUGGUUUGGCCAGGGGACUCGCCAAAGCCUGGGAGCUGUAUGGAUCAGAGAGGAACAUUCCCACAAAUACAUUUUUUGUGAUUUGUGAAUUGCAGUCCUGGGACGUUCGUCUCAUGAUGGAGCGCUCUCUGGCAAUAAAGUGUCCAGAUAUCAGCACUCACCUGGCAGGAACCAAGAAGGUCCAGCAAGUGUUGGCCAGACCUGGAGUUCUGGAGAAGUUUUUCCCAGACCAGCCUGAGGUGGUGAAGCAAAUGAGGGCAACUUUUGCAGGCCUCUAUUCUCUAGACAUGGAACAUGAGGGUGACGAAACUGUAGCAAUGGCUUUGGCAGAACCGGACCGGUUUGUUCUGAAACCUCAGCGAGAGGGAGGAGGUAACAACAUCUAUGGCUCCGAGAUUACCCGGGUCUUAGGGGAAGUGAAGGAGAGCACAGAGCGGACAGCUUAUAUCCUCAUGGAUAAAAUUAAUCCCACUCCCAUACGGAACUACUUACUAAGAGAAGACGCUCCCCUCACAAUCAGCAACUGUCUUAGUGAACUGGGAGUGUUUGGAGCAUAUGUAAGGCAGGGUGAGCACAUGGUGAUGAACGAGUGUGUGGGUCAUCUACUGAGGACCAAGAGUUCAGAGCAUGCAGACGGGGGUGUCGCUGCUGGUGUGGCCGUUCUGGACAAUCCUCUGCUCGUCUAACAAGCCAUUACUCAAAGGCUGAAUACAACACAGCUUAGCUACGACUGAAAAAACACCCGGAAGAAAUCCUCAAAGUUUAUGUUCAUUUUACCUCAUAGCACCGAAGGUUAAAGCAUCCUUCUAAUCAUUAGAUGGUGACUGAUUUUUUUCAUUAUGUGUAACCUGUUAUUUUGCAGUAAUUUAUACAAACCAUUUCAGCAGUUUUUGAAGCAUGGAAUCUUGUUGGCAAGAGUAUUUCUGCUCAGACUCUCAUCAAAGUAGAACAUUUAAACCCAGCAAGGGUUUGAAAUGCACACAUUUGAAGAGCACACUUUACUUGGUUGACUAAAAGAGACUUUAUUUCUUCUUCUUCGUAGAUUAAGUUGUGCUUCAUGUAUUUUUAUUAUUUGGUCCUCCUUGUAGGGAAAUGGAAAUAUGUAAAUAUGUUUCAUAUAUAUAUUCCUCAGGUUGCUAUCAUAGAUUGAUUUCUUGUGACAUUGAAGCAUCAUUACGCUACUUGAACAGCUGACUAAGAUAUAAUGUGGAAGUAAGGCUUAUCUCAACUUGAUUUACUAAAUACAGUGAAGGCUGAGGGUGGUUUGUUUUUACAUCAUGGAUUGGAUUUAAUUUCUAUCUGAAUAAAAAUAUACGUUGAAGGAAACUUGUUUAACUCAUUUCAUCAUCAAAUGAAAUCUCUGAAAAGGAAGAAAGUGGCUGUUAAAUUAUCCAGUGGGUAUUCUUAUCUUUCUAUUAACUGGGUUUACCUUUUGAUUGAUUUAUUUACAUUUAAGAUGCUGAGACAUUUUCUGUAGGCUAAAAAUCACAGAAGAAAAUAAUAGUAAAUGUGGAAAUAAGUGCUGCUUUGUUAGUAGGAAAAGGAUGUUUUUGUACAUGCUGUUGUGAUUUUAUGUUUUUUUCUAUUCCCAGCCAGAUGUGAAU